ACUAUCGAGAAUGUUAAAGGGACGUCAUCGAGUUUUUGACCAGCUCUAGUGUUUUGUUGUUGGAAAAUUUUGGAGAGCGAAAAAUUAAGAAUCAAAUCGGAAAAAAACACAAACGGACGCGACGGGGGCGUAUAUUAAAGUGUGAACGACAACAUGUCCAAAGAUAAAGAGACGGAAGCGGAUGCCAAGUCCAGUUCCAGCGACGAAUCGGACGAAUAUCAAUCGGCUGGCGAGGGCGAUGGCGAAGAGGUUGAUGCCGGCGGUGGGCCAGGACCAGAGCGUUCAACUUGUCCUCCACAGCAGAGUCGUCAGGGCAAUUCCCCAAUUACACCUGUGACCACACCAACUGCAAUACCUGCCCCCUUCGAUUUUGGCGACACAUAUCCCAUGCAUCAGAGCGUUUUCGAGGACGACAUCAAAGGACUGCAGCGUCGUCUUCUAAUGGCCACUGCCCAAGAGGAGGUGGGUCGCAAGGACAAACAUGGCAAUACGCCGCUUCAUUUGGCCGUUAUGUUAGGCAGAAAGCAUUGUGUACGCCUGCUACUGGCCCAGAAUGCCCCCGUAAAGAUUAAGAAUAAUGAGGGCUGGUCCCCACUGUCGGAAGCCAUUAGCUAUGGUGAUCGGCAGACAAUCACACAAGUGCUUCGCAUGCUGAAGCUGCAAUCGCGGGAGCAUAUGGAAAGUCGACGCGAGAAGCUAGUUAAUGCCCUGAGGCAAAUGCAGGAUUUUUAUAUGGAAUUUAAAUGGGAUUUUCAAUCCUGGCUGCCGCUCGUCUCACGAAUACUGCCCUCUGACAUUUGUAGACUUUACAAAUCGGGCGCAUCGCUGCGUCUAGACACCACGCUAGUGGAUUUCAAUGACAUGCGGUGGGAGCGGGGAGAUAUAUCAUUUCUAUUCCGGGGCGAGGCUAAUUCAAGAGAAUCCCUGGUCUUGCUGGACAACGAGCAAGAAUGCUAUCAAUGUUUGCGCUACGAGGAAUCCGACAUGGAGGAUGAGGUGGAUGUGCUAAUGUCCACAGAUAUUUUGGCCACCCAAAUGUCCACAAAGACCAUACAGUUUGCCCGGGCGCAGCGUGGAUGGAUUUUUCGAGCGAAUCGCAAAGAGCUCAUUGGUGGUCAGUAUCAAUGUGAGAUAUAUACAAUUCAGGGAUUGAUACUAAAGCAACGUAAGCGUCGCGAGCAUUUAUCACAUGAGGAUUUGCAAAAGAAUCGGGCUAUUGUCGAGACAAUCACCAAAGGCGGAAGCGGGGUAAGUGGAGCGCCCGCAGAUGCACGUCGAUCCAGUUUAGCCACGACGCCGCCGCCGCCUCCAACCACAUCAUCCAGUACCACCACCCCGUCGGAUGGUGGUUCAACUGCACCCACGCCCACAAAUGGUCUUACCUUGCCAGAGCUGCCGCGACGCAGCUCGCUGCAGGCACCGCCAGCCACAAAUGUGACUUGGUCUCAGUAUAUUGAGGCUGCGGUUGGCAAGUGUCCGCAACUCGGACGACCACCUGUCCAUAAGCAAUCCAAUAAAACGUUACGCGCAACUGUGGCCAUGAGCAAGGAUUUCCCCUUGAGUGUGGACAUGCUGUUGGAUGUGCUUGAGGUGGUAGCGCCUCUUAAGCAUAUUAAUAAAUUGCGUGAAUUUGUUACGCUCAAAUUGCCAACUGGAUUCCCGGUGAAAAUUGAGAUACCUGUCCUCCAUACCGUGACGGCUAAGGUGACAUUCCAGAAGUUUGAGUUUCGUGACAAUAUUCCAGCUAAACUCUUUGAGAUACCCUCACACUACUGGGAGGAUGUGCGUCGUUUUCAAGACUUAUGACCACCACCAGCUGGUGGAGGAAGCGCAGGAGGAGACAGUGCAUCAGCAUCGGCCUCGGCAACGGCUUCGACAGCCACAACGCCUGGCAGCAGCAGUUCAUUACCAACUGGUCUUGGUCAAAUGGAUAUGAAUCGCAAUGAAUCACCCACUACGCCCAUUAAAGAGUUUGACUAGUUUAACCACCCCAUUAAACCAUCCAGACGUUCAUCCUUCCCUUGUCCCCCUACGUCUAUCGUAAAAUUAGUCCUAAGCCCUCCAACUCAAAAUUGCAAUUUUGUAUUUAUUUAUUGAUUUUUUUUGUUUUGUUUCCUUUUUUAUAUGUUGGAAAAUGUAUGUCACGCUCUUUAGACUCUCCUCCACCCCUCCAUCUGCCGCCCUCCGCGCAAGAACACAAACCAAAUUGUCAGUAAAUUAUUGUAAAAUUAAAAUUAAUAGGUUUGAAAUUUUGAGAAAAUUGCAAUUAUAGCGAUCAUUUUUGUCAUGGUUUAACUGUA